CAAUUCUUGUCUUGUCUUUUUGCUCUUCAAAGCUCUCUCCUGCCACUGUCCUUUCUGUUUAUAUGCUGUGGUCUCCCGUCCAAUCUGAAUUAGUAGAGUACUAACAUUUGGAUCGCCCUUUCCAACCCACAUGCGCCAUGGCCAUCCUCGGUCGUUUCAAGGAAAAGUCGGCGAGUUCACCGUCACGGUCGCCCGAUCCAAAUGAAGUCCAAGAAGGCUUUCUGUCGGAGAACGUAGACCAGCUCCAGCGGCAUCUGAACAAUCGACAGAUCCAGCUCAUUGCCAUUGGAGGGUCCAUCGGAACGGCCCUUUUUGUCAGUAUCGGUACGGGUCUGUACAAUGGCGGCGCUGCCAACCUCCUGAUUGCCUAUACCAUCCAGUCUUGCGUGUUGGCUAUGGUGAACAAUUCGAUUGCCGAAAUGUCAACAGCAUACCCUGUCAGUGGAGGUUUCAUUCGUCUGGCCGGUAAAUGGGUAGACGAUGCCCUCGGUUUCAUGGUUGGGUGGAAUUUCUUCUUUUAUGAGGCCCUUCUCAUCCCCUUUGAGAUCUCUGCCUUCACCUUGGUCUUGUCGUUUUGGAGCGACACCAUCACCGAGCCAGGUCCCGUGGCCGGUAUCGUGACUGGAAUUAUCAUCUGCUAUGCCUCCAUCAACCUCCUGGCUGUCCGCGCAUACGGUGAAGCCGAGUUUUGGUUAUCUGGAGGCAAGGUGAUUUUGAUCUUCUCUCUAUUCUUUUUCACCUUUAUCACCAUGGUGGGAGGAAACCCCAAGCACGAAGCAUAUGGUUUCACCAACUGGAAACAUGGCGGCGCGUUUCGAGAAUAUAUUGGCACCGGUGACCUAGGUCGCUUUCAAGGCUUCUUGGCCGCUCUUACCUCGGCCGUCUUCACCGUUGUCGGGCCUGAGUAUAUCUCUAUUGUCGCCGCCGAAGCCGCCCGCCCCCGCGUCUAUAUCAAGGCUGCAUUCAAGAUGGUGUAUGUGCGGUUCGGCAUCUUCUUCAUUGGUGGUGCCCUGGCCGUGGGCAUUGUCUGCAAUUCUCGCGAUCCGGCAUUGACCAACAUCGUCGAGGGAGGUGGAGAUGGCUCGGCUGGAUCGUCCCCCUAUGUGAUUGCCAUGGAGAACCUCGGCGUCACUGUGUUCCCUCAUAUUGUCAACGCGCUGAUGUUGACAUCCAUCUUUUCUGCCGGCAACACGUACACAUACGCAGCUGUCCGAACACUGUACGGUCUAGCGCUCGAAGGUCGCGCGCCAAGGUUCUUGACGAAAUGCUCUCGGAAGGGUGUUCCGAUUUAUUGCUUCUGCGUGGUCAUGAUAUUCCCAAUGUUUGCCUUUUUGCAGUGCUCCAACAAUUCGUCGGUGGUGAUUACCUGGUUUGCCAGUCUGGUUACUGGAGGAGGCCUCAUCAGCUACAUUGUCAUGUCGAUCACUUACAUCUUCUUCUACCGGGCGUGUAAAGCGCAAGGACUGGAUCGCAGGACUCUCCCUUACAGAGGUUGGUUCCAACCAUACUGUGCAUACUUUGGCCUGGCAUGGAUGUUCACUGUGUGCUGUAUCUACGGAUACACGGUUUAUCUACCAUGGUCGACAUCGAGCUUCUUCGCAAAUUACACCAUGCAGCUUUUCAUCCCCUUGCUAUACCCAUUCUGGAAGAUCCUCAAGAAGACCAAGAUUGUCAAACCCCACGAGGCAGAUCUGGUUUGGGAGCGACCGACGAUUGAUGCAUACGAAGACAGCUUUUUGGAUCCUCCAGCAGGAUUCUGGCUAGAAAUGGGACAAUUGAUUGGAAUCAAGAGACGCAAGGGAGGAAAUGAUGUUCGACGGUCGAGCCUAGCGGCAGAUAUCGUGACUGAGAAAUGAUUGAUUGGUGAUUGGUUGGAUGCAUUGAGGGAGGAGGAUGGUCAUGUGACUAUCCGCCGCCAUUGGAGCCACCCAAGGCGGGAUAUGAACGAACAGGGUAUGGCUUGGUUGGUCCAAGAAAACCGCGACCUGGGACUGGCAUUGAACGUGUCAAACGUGUUCAGACUAUUUAUGAGUAUCGAUGAAUCCUGCAGUCGAUGAACUGUCAAAGGGAAAAAUCACAUAUGGAAUGGAUUGGAUGGACUGGAAUUUUCAAGGCUGUAAUGAGUCUUGGGUGCCUCGGGUAUCAGACUCGGGGCCUUCUGGGUAUCAUGUGCACUUCCUUAGGGGUGUGGAGUGAUUCCGGGACACGAUUUUAGGUACUACGAUAGGUAUUCAAGUACCUGCAAUUUAUUGUCC